AUGGAACAUCAACUGGUAGAAAUUGAGGAGUUUAAUUUAAUAUCCAAACUUUCGUUAAUCAAGUCAUUAGACAAGGUACAUUUCCAUGGAUUUUGUGUGAUAAAUGAAUCUGUAUUAAUUGAAUCUGAUGUAAAACUAAAACCAUCAUAUAAUCGAAGCCAAGGAAAUAGACUCAUAUAUACAAUAUCGUUUGGAUACAUGUGUUAUUUGGACAGAGGUUGUAUAAUCACACCUCCGAUUAUUGGCUAUGAACUUAUAGCAAAUAAUGUAACUAAAAAGAGGGUCCCAUUAUGUUCACCUAUGAAAUUCCAAUCCUAUAUUUAUAUAGGUAAAAGCUCUCUAAUCAAUUGCAUUGAAAUCGGGUCUUAUGUACUAAUAUAUAAUAAUGUUACAUUAGGCCGUGGCAGCAAGAUCGGGAACUGCGUAGUAAUCGAUGAACAAGUGACCAUUCCUGAUAAAACCAUCAUUCCUUCAUAUUCCUUCGUUUUUAAGACAUUAAAAAAAGCUGGUGAAGGUUUUAAGAUUGUUACACUGCCAAUUGGAAUAAAGAAAUAA